AUGAGAAAACAAUUAGACCCGAGAAUACCAGCUUUGAUCAAUAAUGGUGUCAAAGCUAAUCACAGGAGCUUCUUCGUCAUGGUCGGGGAUAGGGGGAGGGAUCAGGUCGUCAAUCUUCACUUUCUCCUAUCUCAAGCUAGAGUCACAGCUAGACCAAACGUACUAUGGUGUUAUAAGAAAGAUCUCGGAUUCACCACACAUCGGAAGAAAAGAGAAGCAAAGAUUAAAAGAGACAUAAAACGUGGUAUAAGAGAAGCCAACGAACAAGAUCCAUUCGAACUUUUUAUCGCUGUCACCGAUAUACGAUAUACCUAUUACAAAGACUCUGCAAAGAUUCUAGGUCAGACUUUUGGAAUGUUGGUCUUACAGGAUUAUGAAGCUAUAACUCCGAAUUUAUUAGCGAGGACUAUUGAGACUGUCGAGGGUGGGGGAAUUGUGGUUCUGCUAUUGAAGACAAUGACUAGCUUAAGGCAGUUGUAUACUAUGGCAAUGGAUGUUCACGCACGAUACCGAACCGACGCCCAUCAAUUCGUUCAACCUCGUUUCAACGAACGUUUCAUCCUCUCGCUAGGUUCAUGUCCCGAUUGUUUAGUCUUAGAUGACGAACUAAACGUUCUUCCAUUAUCUAAAGGCAAAGAUAUUUCCCCCAUUCCCGAUUCUGAAGAUGAUCGUGGACGUAAACGAAAAAUUGAAGAAUUGAAAGAGAUGAAGAGUAAUCUGGAAGGUGUUGAGAUUAUUGGUGCCUUGGCAAAAUUAGCAAAGACGGUCGAUCAGGCAAAAGCUUUACUCACAUUCGUAGAAGCUAUCUCCGAGAAGACACUUUCUUCUACCGUAGCUCUGACAGCUGCUAGAGGUAGAGGUAAAUCCGCCGCUUUGGGUUUAGCUAUAGGUGCAGCGUUGGCCUAUGAUUAUUCGAAUGUUUUCGUGACUUCUCCUGACCCGGAAAACCUCAAGACAUUGUUCGAAUUCGUCUUCAAAGCGCUGGAUGCUCUUGGUUAUGAAGAACAUAUGGAUUAUGAUGUGGUUCAAAGUACAAAUCCGGAUUUUAAGAAGGCUAUUGUGAGAGUGAACAUCUUCAGAGGUCAUCGGCAGACUAUCCAAUACAUCUCACCUGAAGAUUCUCACGUAUUAGGUCAAGCCGAAUUAGUCAUCAUCGACGAAGCAGCCGCCAUUCCACUUCCACUCGUUCGAAAACUUAUAGGACCUUACUUAGUCUUUAUGGCUUCCACUAUAAAUGGAUACGAAGGUACUGGUAGAUCAUUAUCUAUAAAACUUAUCCAACAACUCCGAGAACAAACUAGACCAUCCAUAACGAAAGAUCAAACUUCCCAGUCCAACUCCGACCCCCACACCAAAACACUUUCAAAUUCUACUGGUACAAGAGUAGGUUCAGGUCUAGUCCGAUCCCUACGUGAAAUAAAAUUAGAAGAACCGAUUCGUUAUUCCCCAGGAGAUCAAAUAGAAAAAUGGUUAAACUCUCUACUCUGUUUAGACGCCACUAUAAUUUCAAGAAACAUUAGAGGUUGUCCAGAACCUACAGAAUGUGAAUUAUAUCAUGUCAACAGAGAUACUCUAUUCUCUUUUCAUCAAGCUAGUGAAACUUUUUUACAACGUGUAAUGUCUUUAUACGUUUCAAGUCAUUAUAAAAAUUCACCAAACGAUUUACAAAUGUUAUCUGAUGCUCCUGCACAUCAUCUUUUCGUUCUAUUACCACCUAUAAAAGAAGAUGAUAAUGUUUUACCUGAUCCUUUGGUGGUUUUACAAGUCGCUUUAGAAGGGAAGAUUUCAAGGGAAGCUAUUUUGAAAGAAUUAAGUGUUAGUGGGAUGAAAAGUUCUGGUGAUUUGAUUCCUUGGAUUAUUUCACAACAAUAUCAAGAUAAUGAUUUCGCUAUGUUAUCUGGAGCUAGGAUAGUCAGGAUUGCUACUCAUCCUGAGUACUCAAGGAUGGGCUAUGGAACUCGAGCUAUCAACGCCUUAGUGUCUUUCUUUUCCGGUGAUUUAUACAACUACGAUGACCCUCUUCAUCCUCCCAAUCCUUCGUCUUCCCUUCACUCCGAAGAGACAUCUAAUCAUAAUUUUAAAACACAACUUAUAAACGACUCCAUAUCCAUUCGAUCCCCUCAUCAAAUGCCUCCUCUCUUACAACGUCUAUCAGAGAGAAAACCCGAACAACUAGAUUACCUAGGUGUAUCAUUCGGUCUCACAACGGACUUACUUAGGUUCUGGAAGAAAGGCAAAUUCGUACCCCUUUAUGCGAGUCAGAAGGAGAACGCGUUAACUGGUGAACAUACUUUUGUCAUGUUGAGAUCGUUGAGAUCUGAUGUGGCUCAGAAGGAUAGUUGGUUGGGUGCUUUUGCUCUAGAUUUCCGACAAAGAUUCUUAAAUCUACUAUCUUACUCUACUUUCCAAAAAUUCUCAGCUAAAACAUCUCUCUCCAUCAUACAAUCCACCACUCCGAAAGGUCUAAUAGAUCCUCCUUCUACUCCCAUAACAUCAGACGAACUCUCUUCUUUACUCUCACCAUUCGAUAUGAAAAGAUUAGAAGCGUAUACGGAAGGUAUGAUAGAUUAUCAUGUCAUACUUGAUUUGGUACCUUUGUUAUCUGCAUUAUCAUUCGGUGGGAGGUUAGGUGAAGAUGGAAGUUUAUCCGUCGCUCAACAAGCUGUUUUGUUAGCUCUUGGAUUACAGAGGAAAUCCAUUGAAGAUUUGCAGACCGAUCUAGAUCUCUCACCUCCUCAAGUUUUAGCCAAUUUCGCAAAGAUAAUACGUCGUAUAACCCACGCUUUGAAACAAAUACAAAAAUCAUCAGUGUCAAAAGAUCUUCCUGAAGAAAGACCUAUCAAGAAGAACGCUCCUACCUUCAAAGCUUUGGAACAGACCGCAGAGGAAGAUUUACAAGAUGAUGUGAAAAGAGCUAGGGCUGUACAAAGGGAAUUGUUAGAUAGUGUAGAUAUGACUGAGUGA